UUAUUCGGUGUGGAAACAAGGAAGUGUCGCUUAAACCAACCACUAUUCUGCUAGAAGGGGAUUUUAAUUUUUACGGUGACAGGUAAUUCGUUGCCGUCAUACACCCUCUCGUAAAGUGCUAAUAAGAUAUAUCAUACUAAUAAUCAUUAUAAACGCAAUAAACUAAAGUAAAUAGUAGCUUCUGAUAGUAUACUAUUGCAAUGGGACGUGUCAAGGUAACACCGAAAGGGAAAGUAAAGAAGAACAUCCCCAUCACACGCGUGGGGAAGAAACAGUACCUCAAGCGCCGCUUUGCCCAUAUACGCGCUGUCGACGUGGCCGGUUCGAACAACCGGUUCACGCAAAAGUACUUUGAAGGAAACAACACGGCCACCCAAAGCUUUACACGACUCGGCCUCAGCAUUGACCCGAGUUCCCCCAAAAGCGUCGUGGAGGAGCGCAAAAAAAAGAUAAAGCCUAAUUCACAGCGGAAGCUUGAGGAAGAAAACGAAAUGAAGGCCCAUGAGGAGCAGACCCGACGGGAUCGUAUCGGGCGCCCGGUGAGUGAGCAGGAGGGUAGCACCAUUGCCAACCUACUUCACAAGUACGGCACCGACCUCAAGCGCAUGGCGUUAGAUCCGAAGCUGAAUCCAUUUCAACUCAACGUCCGGCAGCUACAGCGGCAGAUUGUGAAUUACCUCAAAUGGGAGAAGGCGGCUUUCCCGAAGGCCUUCGCGGAGGCUGAGGCGCGAGGGUGGUUUUCUAUCGAGGGCUUUUCCGAUCCAAAGCUGCGUUCCGGGCAGCAGCAGCGUCUUUUAGCUACCCAGAAGCACGAAGAAAAGAACGUCAACAACGAUAAGGAGCCUAAUAAUAACUCAUCACCGUCUGAGAAGAAGGAUGGGAGUGGAACUAAAAAUGCAUCCAUUAAGAAUCCCACAGUUUGCAAAGAUCUGAAGCGUGCUAAGGGUCAAAAAAGCUAA